UAGGUGCCCACUUAAUUCUGUUCAGUUUUGGUCGAUUGAAGAGAAGGUUACCCAAGCACAAUUGAACCAUGAGCAGGUUCUUUCAUGUUAUGCUCCUAACUAUUGGCCUCAUGCAAAUCAGGUGUAGGGCAUCAUUAUUCAAAAGACAAGCUGUUGGCAAGGAGAUAUGGCCUAAAACCAUAUACAAGGAAAUCUCGUUCCCAGUGCAAUCCAGAUUAGAAUGCACUGCUCUUUGCUUCCUGGAAACGGAGGAAUGUCUUGGGAGUGUUUGGGAUGGUCUUUUAUGUUAUCUGGCUGAUCCAAGAUCGCAGUUCUCAGUAGCUCAAUCACCUCAAGCCAAGGAUAUGGAAAUGUUCAUCCAACAAGAGGCUAUUUCUUCUUCCUUGAAUGAGUAUUUCCAUCUGGUGAAUCCCAUCAUAAGCAAUUGGAAUGCCAAGGUUUUUCUAUCAAUUCCGAAAGAGUCACUAUUUGCUUGUCUUCUUGAAUGUAAAUGGAACCUAAGGUGCCAACUCUUUGUUAUCAAAGAUGGUAUAUGUCAUUUGGGCAACGGAACUACCAACGACAACCAAGCUCCACAAGUUGCUAAUCCUCCAGGGGGAGUCUAUGUUCGCCCAGGUUUCGUCUUGGAAGUCGGUUCCUUGAUUGAUGGUAAUUGGUUAAGCGAUUCCAAUUUACAGUGGAGCGAAUAUAUUUACUACUCAAAGACUUGCGAUCAAAGGGAACGUUGUGAACUUUGGUGUCUCUUAGACGGUAUGCCGUGCCAAUUCCUUGCUUAUGACGGAUUCACUUGCUAUUUGGGGUCAGUUGGACAACAAAGCGGUCUUAAUAAUGGCCUUCAACAUGGUCUCCCACAAGGGACGAAUGUCUGGGUGUCAAAAAAUGGCAUUAAAAAUACCAAUUAUGGGGACGUGUUCGAUAAGGGUUUUUCAAGUACGAAGUAUGCUUCGUUUAAUGUCAAAUCGCGAAGCGCAGAUGGCGUUGAACACAGUUGCAAAUUUAUCUGCGCUCUACUAACAAACCCCGUCUGUCAUUUCGUCUUUUUGAGCGAUGGGAUUUGCCAUUUUGGAAACAUGGACAAUCCCUCGCUUAGUAAUUCUGAUUCUUCAGAGGUUCAAAUGGUUCGAGGGUUCUUACCCGAAUUAAAUUCCACAAUGGGCAGCUACUUCUCAAUUCCAACCCACCACCAUGUUUGGAGAAUGAGAAUGCACACUCUGCUGACACUGAUUCCUACCAUUGGUGCAUGUAGCACUCGUUGCCAAUUGAUGGAUUUGCCUAAACCAUGCAAAUUAUUCGUUUUCGAUGGCUUCACUUGUUAUUUAGGCGCUUUACAUCACUACGAGUAUGCCGACAGUCCGGACGAUGUAUUCAAUCUUCAUGUUCAUGAAUCUGAAGUGCCUUAUUUACGAAGCUUUUACAAGCCACGAGCUACAAUUAAUUGGGCCUCACAAAUGUAUAAGAAGAUCUUACUCACCCAUCCAAGCCCAAAGUCGGAAGAUGAAUGUCUUUUGAGAUGCAACUUUGAUGAUGGACCAUGUUAUUCAUUUGUGGUCCAAGGACAACAUUGCUUUUUGGGGGAUCCAUUCGUCAACUCGAGUUUGUUUAUUGAAUCAGGGGAAGCAGUCCUUAUGGAAACUAAUCCCAAGCUACAUCUAACUCAUGGAGGACAAGAUGGCCAGAAUGACGUGAAUACUUCCGCCAUUUUCAGAGGAUACGCUGGAGUUUGCGACCACGGUUUACUCGAUUUACCCGUUCCCUUGAGGGCCAUGGGUUACGCAUAUGGAGAUGAGUCUGUAUUUGUAUGUGGUGGAACUUCUGACACUGAGGGUGGAGAACAAGAUAAGUGCUAUCGGUGGAGAUUCAACACAUUUCCAAGAGCUUGGGUCCCGCUUCCGGCGAUGAUAGAUAAUCUGGUGAUGUUUCCAAUGUUCUACCAUGACGGCACGUUGUACACCGUUGGCGGUCUCAGCUCUGGGUCCAACGUGAUACCAAAUUUGCGAAUGCUCAACUUGGAAUCAUCUUCCUGGACCAAUGGGGCAGCAUAUUCAGACUCUGGAUUCUACGCUCAUUGUGGGAUUUUGCAUCAUAAUCGCAUUUUUACAUUCGGUGGCUCCAGGAAUGUGAUUACUUACUCAAAAUCCGUCCAGAUUUAUGAUAUUACAAGUGACUCGUGGUUAGAAAGCAGUUUCAGUCUUCCACAGGGCUUGCGCCAAAUGGCUUGCAGCCUCGUUCCAGGAAACGGUGACUGGAUUCCAGAUUUGUUCCUUUUGGCCGGUGGAGAAACAGGACAAAAUGAGUAUUCAAAUUCCGUGUACUCCAUCGAUCCAACCUCCAAUGGAGAGGUGAAAGAGCUCCUUCUAUUGUCCAUGACCGUAUCUCGAUUUGGAUCACAAAACAGCUUUGCUGUGUUUCACGAAAACGUGGUCUUUCUUGCAACUGGCUAUGGAAAUGGCAUGCACAUGAAUAACACCGUUUUUCUUUGGAAUCGGUGGGACUCUAAUUUCAAUCAGUACAAUAGUCUUAUAAAUGGCCGGGAGCAACCAGGAAAUGCUAUGAUUCCACUUCGCCAUAUACCGGUGUGUGGAGAUAAAGGGCAAUCCCAAAUGUGGAAGAUAAUCUUAAAUCACGAAAUACCGACUCGAUUUUCCAUCGGAGGAUGGAACGAAAACGUUGAAAAUGCCCAAAGUAGUCGGUUUGAGAGGCUUGACGAAUACCGUUGUGAAGGGGGAAGAUAUCAUUUCCGCUUAGUAUACCCAGAGCUUGGUACGUACAAUGAGUGGUACCAGACCAACGAUCCAUCCAAUCCUGAGCAUAUUGCCGUCAGUGGCUAUCUUGGUGUGGCUUUGGGCUUGCCCAUAGGCUUCAACGGCUUGGUGUAUAAUAACAAAGACGCAUUGAUGAUGGGCGACUCGAAUACCACGCAUCCCCAAUGGUUUUCUGUGGGAAGAAUCAAAAUGGAUUCGUCACAUGGAAAAUUUCCCGGGCCACCAAACUGCUUUGUGUCGAAGUUGCAACUCUUCGUUAGAAAUGAUUGCGCGACAACCUAACUUCAGUUUUAGCAUGGUCAUAAUAUUCGGCACAGGAAUGUUUGAAGUGUAAGAAUAAAACCAUCAUUGUUUUUC